AAAAUUUCAAAUAAACAAAAAUAAAUAAAUCAAAAUUAAAACAAACACAUUGAUCAAAAUUCGAAAGGAUAGAAAGCCACAGAGUUUGGGCAGCCACACAUCAAUAUCUCAAUGGCAGCGACGGUUUAUGCGGCGGCAGCAUCCUCAUCCAUGGCGGGUACCACCGCUGCCUUGAUUCCUUCUGCCAACAGAACCACUCGCUGCUCAGCCUUGCCUUACCUCCCUCCUCGCUUGCCAUCCCACUCCUUCCGCUCUUCCAUUAAACAAGUCUCAGAGCCUCGCAGGUUUUCUCUCCAUCAGAUUAGAGCUUCAUCAGAAGAUACAUCCAGUGUCGACCCUAGUGAGCUAUUCACAGAUUUGAAGGAAAAGUGGGAUGCGGUUGAAAACAAAUCCACAGUGCUUCUCUAUGGGGGUGGGGCAAUAGUUGCCGUUUGGCUAUCAUCCAUUGUUGUGGGAGCUAUCAACUCAGUACCUUUGCUGCCCAAGAUCAUGGAGUUGGUUGGGCUUGGAUAUACUGGAUGGUUUGUCUACAGAUACCUUCUCUUCAAGUCGAGCAGAAAAGAACUAGCCACAGAUAUUGACGCACUGAAGAAGAAGAUUGCUGGAACUGAAUAGAUACAUAUGAUUGAUUGAGCGAGCGACAAACUUUUUCUUUAUCCCGGAUCUUGAUUUCAUUUCAGUACUCUGUAUCCCCCUCUCUGUAAGACAUACUUAAAUCUUAUAUUGUAUAUUAGGGCUUUGUAUGAACGGUGUUACUGUUUUAUUAUAUUUUCCCAGUCCAUCAUUGUAAUAAGGAUCAGCAAUUUCAUGUGUAUGCACUUCAUCCAGCAACUACACUCUUGCUUAUA